UCCCGCUCAAUUAUUUGUUUCAAAAUUUGGCCGGAUCCUCAGUCCUCCUCGGCUUCUCGCGCAUAAGAUCCUUCAGAUUACGCUCUUAGCUCAGGAUUUAUGGGAAGAUGACGACUGAGCCUCUGACAAUGGAUCCACCCGACCCGCUCCGUGCCUUCGCCGGCCUCCUUCUUUUACCCCAAACAAUUAGGGUUCAGUCUGAAGCUUCAAUGCCUUCUGAACCGAACAACCUCGACUCAAUUCACCAAUUCAUGAAGUCUAUGGGACUAAGGAAUGCUGAAAAGCUUCUAGAAGAGUCCAAGGCCAUUGUCGAUAAUGGUUCAGAGAUUCUGAAUGCUAAUUUUCCAAGAUUUAAGGCAUCUUUGGAUUUAGAUGAUCAUGUUGCUGCAAAGGUGGAAAAGGAGAAGCCUCGAGAGCGAAGGCCAGGACUUGGCCGGAAAAGGGCUCGGUUUUCUAUGAAGCCUGAUACUAGCAGUCAGCCUAACAUUAGCUUGGAAUCAAGUUUGGACGUUGAGCAACUUCAGGACCCAGAAGAAUAUUUCUUAGCAUGCGAGAAGUUAGAAAAUGCCAAACAAGAACUUAACAGGCAGAUGGGUGUUGUAGCUGAUGACUCAAAUAUCAACAAUUUGCCCACUACUGCAAGGCGCCGUAGACCAGGAAUCUUGGGGAAAUCAGUUAGAUACAAGCACCGCUUUUCAUCAGUGCCACCUGAUGACAAUGAUAUAGAUAUGUCCUCACAAGAAACAUUAAAGCAGGAUGAUCUUUGUGCACUGAAAUCUGAUUUGCAGAAAGAAAACAGUAAUGAUGUUGAGCUAGGGGAAUUAGAACUCACAGGCUUAAUAACUGAAAAAGAAAGCAGGGUCAGUGCUAUUUUGGAUGAACUCCUGUCUCGUGAUGCUAAGGACUUAGAUGGUGAUAGGGUUUUGUCCUUACUGCAGGAGCAGUUUCAAAUGAAACCUCCUGAUCUUUCUGCCUUGUGCAUGCCUGAAUUCCCUGCUGCUAGAACUGACUAUAUGACAUUGGGUGAGAGGAUACCAAAGGCUAGGAAGUCGGUGUUGGGAUUACCGAAUUCAGAUAAAAGGACUAGUGACAAGAGACAGAGGGAGGAAAGUCUGCAAAGUAAUUUAACUUCUCCCACCCCACCAAAAAGCCCAUUUUCUUCUCUGGCUUUGUUAAGAAAACAGGUUUUAAAAUCAAAUCCACUCAGGGAUCCAUUCUCACCACUUAAUAUUGAUCUGAAUGACAUUAACAAGAGCUCAGAUCAGGUUGGUUCGGCGAAGGAUUUCAGCAAAUCAGGCAAUUUGCAUGGAGAAUGUAACAUUAAAGGAAUGAACAUUUCAGACCAUCAAGCUGACAGAUCUGCAGAUACAAAUGCACAAAGUUCUAAUAUAGAUAUCAGCCAUAGUGGAUCUCAUGCUCAGAUGGGUGACUGCGGUGGUGGAUCUCAUGCUCAGAUGGGUGACUGCGGUGGUGGAUCUCAUGCUCAGAUGGGUGACUGCGGUGGUCACACUGAUGCAGGUCGUAUGGUUAUGAGGGGUUUGGAGCAGUUAAAUAAUGAGCAGUCUUUGGAGAACUCAGGUGGAGAGACUAUAGCUGUUGGGCAAGGUGAUUCUCAUGGGAGCAUGGAGCGUUGCAAUGGCUGGAAUCAUAUGGAUAUCAGGACUGCUGAUGAAAACUCAGGCAUGCAAAAUAGGGACACUGAAGUUCAACCCAGUGGGCAUGACAUCACAGACAAAGAGAAAAUGCACGACACAUGCAUAUUUAUGCAAGGUCUGUCUCCUGCUCAAGUACAAGUGGAAGCUGAUGACAAAACUAACACUUCCAAUGAAACUGAAACUGAUAUUCAGAAUAAUGUAUCUUGCCGAACGGAUGAGCACGUUGAAGAUAUGCCAUCAAUGUCAGCAUUUCCAGAAGAACAAGAGCACAAUGGCAAUGAUGCACACACAAGUGAGAACUGGAGUGACAAUCAGAAUCCAUCUGAUCAAUCAAAUUCUGCUGCUGUUCAGAACCACUUAAUGGAUAUGCAAAGUGCAUUGCCUGAUAUUAAUCCUGAACAACAUAUCAUGAAGCAUCCAUUGACCAAAAAGCAACCGAGAAAAAACAGUUCCCUGCCUGGAAAUCGUGAAAGGAAAGCACUUAAAUUCAGGCCCAGUCUUGCAGAUGCAGGCACGCUGUUUGAGAAUGGGGUGAGACGAAGCAAAAGAAUCAAGAGCAGGCCAUUGGAAUUUUGGAAAGGCGAAAGAUUAUUAUUUGGGCGUGUUAAUGAGAGCAUGAAGCUUGUUGGUGUAAAGUAUGUAUCUCCAUCGGUGGGAAAUAUGAAAGUGAAGUCUUAUAUUUCAGAUGAGUACAAAGAGGUUGUAGAUCUGGCAGCUCGUUACUAAGCAUUUAAUACUAGUGUGUGGGGAAAAUGCAAAACGCAACACAACUCAACUCAACUCAGCAUAAUGGGUGGAUGGAAUUUUGUGAUUGCGGAUUAUUAUAUCGACUCACUGCUUUUAUCAUAUGCUAUUACUUUCCAAAGCCCUGAAAUGUGUCAACAAUUCAUUUUCUUUGAGUUUAUCAGCUAAUUGCAUAAAUCACUUUAGUUACAUAAUGAAAAAAAACUUAGUUACGUAA